CUUGCUUGCUUUGUUUCCUUUGAGUCGUUGCCAUGACUGACGUGACUAUGACCGAGCCUCGUGUUAUUGACGAGAACGUACCCGCUCAAGGUAUAGAGGAUGAAGAGGACCGUGAAACAUUCGCUUUUCAAGCUGAGAUCGCGCAGCUAAUGAGCCUUAUUAUUAAUACUUUUUAUAGUAACAAAGAAAUUUUUCUGCGGGAGCUUAUUUCAAAUGCCUCUGACGCAUUGGAUAAGAUAAGAUAUGAAUCUCUUACCGACCCGUCUAAAUUGGAUAGCAAUAAGGAUUUGGAAAUAAGAAUUAUACCAGACCCGGUGAAUAAGACUUUGACCAUAUGGGAUACUGGUAUUGGUAUGACUAAAACUGAUCUUGUUAAGUCUCUUGGUACGAUUGCUCGCUCGGGAACUCGAGCUUUCGUAGAGGCCUUGAGUGACAAUGCUGAUGGUUCUGUUAUGUCCAUGAUAGGACAAUUUGGUGUGGGUUUUUAUUCUGCCUACCUUGUUGCCUCUGUCGUGGUAGUCAUUUCGAAGCACAAUGACGAUGAUCAAUACAUUUGGAAGUCUUCUGCCGGUGGGUCCUUCACUGUUGCUAAAGACAAAGGCCCAAGUUUAGGUCGGGGGACUAAAAUAAUAUUACACCUUAAAGAAGAUCAAGAGGAAUAUCUUGAAGAGAGAAAAAUUAAGGAGGUCGUUAAAAAACACUCUGAGUUCAUUGGUUAUCCUAUUAAGUUGCUGGUCACUAAAGAAAAAGAGGUUGAAGUUGAGGAUGAAGAAAAGAAAGAUGAGGAUAAAGAUGAAGAGGGAAAGAUUGAGGAGGUGGACGAUGACGAAAAAAAAAAUGAAAAAAAAGAAAAAAAGAAAAUAAAAACUGAAGAGUUUGAAGAUUUAAACAAGAAUAAGCCCAUAUGGACUAGAAACCCUGACGACAUCACUAGUGAAGAAUAUGCCGCUUUUUAUAAGUCCAUCUCUAACGACUGGGAAGACCAUUUAGCUGUAAAGCAUUUUAGUGUUGAGGGUCAGUUGGAGUUCAAGGCUUUGUUGUUCAUUCCUAAGAGAGCGCCUUUUGAUCUAUUUGAGAACAGAAAGAAAAAGAAUAAUAUCAAAUUGUACGUGCGCCGUGUGUUUAUUAUGGAUAACUGUGAGGACUUAAUUCCCGAGUAUCUCAACUUUAUGAAGGGUGUUGUUGACAGCGAGGAUCUGCCCUUAAACAUUUCACGUGAAGUUUUGCAGACAAACAACAUACUAAAAGUUAUUAAAAAAAAUUUGGUCAAGAAGUGCUUGGAAUUGUUUCAUGAGCUAACCGAGAAUCGUGAAAAUUAUGACAAGUUUUAUGAGCAGUUUGGUAAGAAUAUCAAGCUAGGAGUUCAUGAAGACUCUACCAAUAGAACUAAACUUGCUGAGCUUUUGCGCUUCCCUUCUUCCAAGUCCAGUGAGCAAACCUCCUUGGAUGACUACAUUACUCGCAUGGCGUCAAACCAAAAGGUGAUUUAUUACAUAACUGGGGAGUCUACCUCCAUUGUUUCCACUUCUCCAUUCGUGGAAAGACUAAAGAAGAGAGGACUGGAGGUGCUUUACAUGUGCGAGCCUAUUGAUGAGUACUGCGUUCAGCAGCUAAAGGAGUAUAAGGGAAAGACCUUAGUCUCCGUUACCAAGGAAGGCCUUAAGUUUGAUGACGAUGAUGAAGAAGAAAAGAAGAGACACGAGGAAAACGUUAAAAAUUUUGAGCCCUUAUGCAAAGUUAUUAAGGAAAUCCUUGGUGAUAAAGUAGAGAAGGUCGUUGUGUCUAACCGUAUUGUCAGCUCCCCUUGUUGCCUGGUAACUGGGCAGUACGGCUGGUCUGCUAACAUGGAGCGUAUAAUGCGCGCGCAGGCGCUUCGUGAGUCAUCCAUUUCUUCUUAUAUGUCUUCUAAGAAGACUAUGGAAAUAAACCCCGAUCACAGUGUGAUAAAGUCUUUAAAACAGCAAGUGGAUAAAGAUAAGAACGAUAAGACGGUCAAGGACCUCGUCAUGUUGCUGUUCGAAACCUCGUUGCUAAUAUCGGGCUUCUCCCUUGAAAAUCCUUCUAGCUUUGCUGCACGUAUUAUUAGGAUGAUUCGUUUAGGUCUUUCCGGAUUGGGGUUGUCCGUCGACAAGGAUGAUACGGAGCAGGGUGAUGACCAGGAACUACCGUCUUUAGUUGAAGAUACAGUUGAGGAUUCUCAGAUGGAAGAAGUUGAUUAAGGGGAUUGCGGGGUUUAAUUACUUAAUAAACGUAGAUCGCUUUCAUA